AUGGUUAGAAUUCCCGGCCAGCCACCACGGGCGGCGCCUCGCAAGCGCCAACCGCUCGACAACAUGUUGGACUCGGUGGAAUCUUGGAUCACAGAGAGGAAUGGCUUCGUCGUUCGCAGGCGAGCUGUGAGCACACCAGAGGCACCAGCACAUCACGCCCCUGUCAGACGGUCGAGCUCGUCCGUGACAACCCCAAUCUCAACUGCCCUGGUGCUCCAAAUACUUGUCCUGAUUGCGAUGAUCAUCAGCGUCACGCUCUUCGUCAUCUACCGGCGUCGCCGCCAAAAGAAGCUGAGGCAGCUGGAUGAGCAGAAGAGGAUGAACGCCCCCUACUUCGGCAACAUCAGCGCACCGAACGGCCUUGCGCCACCGCCAUAUGGAGAGGCCCUCAAGUCCCCAGCCGUCUCAGAGUCCACAGCUUAUGGCCACGAGAGACAAAGGUCUCACUCAGUGCUCAUGGACGACUGCUGGAAGGCCGUAUACGCGGCAGAGGACGGCACCACCACCACUGACCCGCGCUACGGCGCGACCAACACCACCAGGCCCGGCCACACAUCGCAGCAGUCGUGGGACGCGGCGGCGGCCAGGGUGGCGGGCCGGCCGGGGAGUCAUCUGCCCGGGCCCACCAGCCCGCAGACAGCAGCGCAGACCGACACGCAGCACUCGGUGACUGGCUGGCUGCGCAGCCAGCGGUGGCUCCCCGGGGGCAACCCAAACCCCCUCAACAGCAACCCCCUGACGACACCCAGCACUCCCCUCUCGGCACGCAUGCCGGUGCCCCCAUCACCGAGCUACAACGGCGUCACCCCCUCGGUGGCACCCACACCAACGACCGCGACAUAUCUCGUCGCACCGGGGCCGCUCACACCGAACCAGCCACUGAGCGCGCGCAGCUGGGCCACCGGCGACGACUCGGUGGGCAACAGCGCCAGGUCAACCUUUGUGCCCCAGACGGCGCUCUACCCGCCUCCGCUCCAGCCGGCGCCCAAGGGCAACGCGGGGUCGAGGUCGCUGACGGGGAACGGCAGGAGGUCCAGUGCGGCGUCGUGGACGAGCUCGGUCGGCGACGGCUAUGACAGGGAGAGCGGGACGUGGAGGACGAUGACGCCGCACGAGGACCCGCCGACUCGUGAGCCGAGGAGGGGAAACCCGGAUGAGGUCAGCCCGAUCUAG